UUAUUAGAGUAGAAAACUCAUUAACUGUAUCAUGUGAGGGUGGAUUGCAGGGACAUCAUAUGACUUUGUGGAGUUUCAAGUGGGAUAUGUUAGGUGAAAACUUCUUCUGUCAGUCAACAGAAAACAAUGUCGAAUGAAGCAGCCGUGGUGGACCUUAAACCAAGCAUUUCCACCAAUUCCCUGAACUUUUAAAAUAAGGCAUCCACAAGGCAGCAAACAAGUGGUGGAUUUAUAGUGGGGAGAAAUGGGAAAAGUUGAGGUGAUAUCAAAAUGCUUAGUAGGAGCAGCCAUGGUGGAAGGAGACCCACGAAUUUCCCAGAUCGACUUGACGCCGUGGGACCUAAAGUCCCUUCUCGUUGGCUACAUCCAGAAAGGGCUCAUCUUCCACAAACCCAAUAACCCUCAAACACUGCAGCAAAACAUGUUUGUGAUACCUCACUUGAAAGCCUCACUCUCUUCAGCUCUACAUUUCUUCCCACCACUUGCCGGCCGUCUUGCGGUAACAAAGAAUGAUGAUGGAACAACCUCAGUUUCAAUUAACUGCAACAACGAAGGAGUCGAGUUUGUCGUGGCCCGUGCCAGUGACGUGACUGUAGAUCAGCUCCUCGGGCCCACCAACGUGCCUCCCCUCAUCCGUUCAUUCUUCUUGUUUAACCGCGCGUGCAACUAUGAGGGCAUCUCCAAGCCUUUGUUGGGUGUCCAUUUGACCGAGCUCGCCGACGGUUACUUCAUCAGCUGUUCUAUCAAUCACUGCGCAGCGGACGCUUCCUCAUUUUGGCAUUUCUUCAAUUCUUGGUCCGAAAUCUCCCGCGGUUUCCGCAAGUUGUCUCUACCUCCCGUUCUCAACCCGUGGUUCCCGGAGAACGUCGCCCAACCGCUUCAUCUCCCGUUUGAUCUCGAGAAAGAAAUAAUAUCGGAUGCUUUCACCCCACUCCCAUUUGAAGAAAGAGUGUUCCAUCUAAGCAAAGAAAACAUCGGUCUUCUCAAAGCAAAAGCCAACUCCGAAAUGGGAGUAAACUCCAUAUCCUCACUGCAGUCAUACGUGGCCCACCUGUGGAGGGCAAUCACCCGUUCCCGUUGUGUGAAUGCCACCGAGGAGGUCAGUAUAUACGUGCCGAUAGGCGCGAGAUGGAGGCUGAAUCCCCCUCUUCCGGAAGGGUACUGGGGGAAUGCAAUUUACAGCAGAGUGGUGAGGGUGAAAUCCGGGGAGUUGCUGGGGAGGGGGCUCGGCUGGGCUGCCUGGGAAAUACAUCAAGUGGUCGCUGCGCAGAAACAUGAAGAGGUGGUGCAGUUUUACAAUCGGUGGGUGAGAUCUCCGGCGGCGCCGCAGAAGAAGGAACUGUUCUGCGCCAACUUUCUGGGCAUUGCAAGUUCUCCGAGAAACGAUGUGUACGGCGUGGAUUUCGGGUGGGGGAAGCCGGUGGCGGCGAGGUGUGGGAUGGACAAUAAAUCUGAUGGGAAGUUCAGCCUGUUUCCAGGGGUGGAAGGAGAUGGGAGCGUAGACAUCGAGGUAUGCCUUCUUCCUCAGACGCUGCGUGCUUUGGGAAAUGACAGAGAAUUCAUCGAGUUUGUUACCCGGUGGGCUAAAUCUUAUAUAUAUAGGAUUUAUGAGAAAUCUAUAUCUCUAUCUCUAUCUUAUCUUACUAUAUACAAUGCUAAGAGGGCAUUGUGAACAGUGCUCCCGCCAAAUCGGAGCUACAGUAACGGGCUGAGAAAUGGGUAAAGUAAUGGGCUAUGAGUUUGUAUCAUUAUUGGGCCAGAUUAUGGCAAACAUACCAAACAAAUUGCUACCGUAAACGUAAAAAAAGGAAGAGUAUGCCAGACACUAUCCGUGAGUGGAGAAAGGCGUAUUGUGGAAGCUAAGCAGGAGUCCGCCUUAAAGUUCCAGAUCUAGGGUUUUCGCCAGUAGCAGAGGGCGACGACACAAUCAGAGCCUAUGACCAUGAAUUCCGGCAGUGAUGGAUUUGAAACAGAGGUGGCUCAUACGUCUCCUGCAUCGAGGACAGUUGCCUAGCUGACCCGAGAUGGUUAUUGGCUUCCAAUGGUUCGAACGAAGAGGAAGACGACCAUUGUGCAGUAUUUACCCUUAUCGUUUACUCAUUUAUUUUGCUUCAUAGCUCUCUUUCUCUAUUUAGGUUGCAAAAUUAGGCUGGAUUUAAACAUGGACUGUAAUUGGGUUGUUAUUGUUUACUCCAUGUAUUGUUGGACUUUAACCCCAUUAAUUAGUACUCUAUAUCUUACAGAUGCAAAAUAAAACUGUAUUUUUUAUGCCUGUCUUAUUUUUUUAUGCAUUUUUUAAAAUCAGAUCCGAAAGCAGAAAUAAUUUUUAAUAUACUUUUGAUAUUAAUUCAUUUCAUAUUUGCCGAAGACUCAAAUUUACAGGUAUGGUUAUGUUGGGAUGUGUUGAUGGCAACCAGUAUAACUCUACUAGCUCAAUCAUGUUUAUGAUUUCUACCUUUCUCAGAUCUUCGUUGCUUCAACAUACACGUGGUGUGUGCUGUCCUCUUCGACCAGAGUCCGCCGCAAGGUUCUUCUGGAUCUAGGGUUUCAUUCGUUCGAUGGUCUCUAUGCCCUUUGAGAUUAGCGACCGACAAGUUUUUUUCUUGAAUUCAAAUGUUAUAUUUAUCCAUUAUUUAUCCAUUAUAUUUAUCCAUUUUUUUCUCGACUUCCAUAAUAAUUAUUUAUAGAUAGU